GAGAGAGAGAGAGAGAGAGAAUAGCUGUACACUCUUUCAAAGGGCAUCCCUAGUGUCUUACUUCCUCUAGAAAGGGUACACUUCCCCAGACAUUGCUGCCAACUGGGCACCAAAUAUUUAAAUAUCUUAGCCUAUGGGGGACAUUCUCAUUCAAUCCAAAAUACAGAGUCUCUGGAGCUUCCUUAAGUAACCUCCCACCCCUGCCCCCACCAGCAUUUCUUGGAGGAAGAGCUUCAAUCUUGGCCUUAAGCCUUCAUCCUAUAUUUUAUACUUAUGUGUGUCAUGUAGAAAAUGUUUUGCUGUGUAUCGAAAGGAUGCCGAACCCCUAAGGAGAGAGAUUUUUUCUUUUAAUGGUGAUAGAAUGGAUGACCACAGAUGCUGGUUAUCUCAUUAGCUCUCCUCAGCCCUGCAUUAGUACCCUCUGCUAACAGAGCCAUGACUGGAUCAAGACAUAAGAUCUGGCCACACCCAUCUCAUCACACAUUGUCUAAGCAUUUUCAGAGAUCAAUUUUAAAUACUAUACUAUAGGAGAAAAAUCUACUCUCUUUCCAAAUAACAAAUGAAGCUUCUUGAGGAAAUAGCAUUUCCCUCUUUUCUGUCUUCUUCCUGGUCUGAGCAUAAAUGUGAUGGCUGGGAUCUCAGUAGCCAUAUUGUGAUUCUGCAACAACAAAAGAUAAAACUAAAACCAUACCAUAAGGAGUUUCACUGGUAAGAAGGUAGGAAUUUGGAUGGUUAAACAGCUGGGGAACCUACCUACCCAGGAGAAGUUAUAUUGGAGUGCGCCAUCUUCUUUCAUUAUUUAAGCACGCAUGUUAUAUAUUGUUAUUCAUGACUUUGACAGAAUGAGUCAAAUUCAGGUUCAAACUAAGGUCUCCAAAUCUUACUGUUAUGGGCUGAACUGUGUCUUCCCGACAGUUAUGUUGAAACUUUAACCUCUGAUACCUGCAAAUAUGACCUUACUUGAAAAAAAAUGUAGAUGCAAUCAGAUGAAGAUGGGGCCAAACUGUGGUAUCACAGGACCAAUGGCUGCUGUCCUGGUAAGGACAGAUUUAUAGGCAUGGGGACUGCAAUGAGGAUGGAGGUAGAGGAUGGUAUUCUGCUGCUACAAGCCCAGGAAUGCCAAGGAUCGGUAGAAAAUGCCAGAUACUGGCACUUCCAGACCAUGCUGAAGUCUAAGUUGAAUGUCCUAACACUGAAAAAGGAGCCCAUACCAGCAGUCAUCUUCCAUGAGCCGGAAGCCAUUGAGCUGUGCACCACCACACCGCUGAUGAAGGCAAGGACUCAUAGUGGCUGCAAGGUCACGUAUCUGGGCAAAGUCUCUACCACAGGCAUGCAGUUUUUGUCUGGCUGCACCGAGAAGCCAGUCAUUGAGCUCUGGAAGAAACACACACUGGCCCGAGAAGAGGUUUUUCCAGCCAACGCCCUCCUAGAGAUCCGGCCAUUCCAAGUGUGGCUUCAUCACCUUGAUCACAAGGGAGAGGCGACAGUGCACAUGGAUACCUUCCAGGUGGCUCGCAUUGCCUACUGCACAGCCGACCACAACGUGAGCCCCAACAUCUUUGCCUGGGUGUAUAGAGAGAUCAACGAUGACCUGUCUUACCAGAUGGACUGCCAUGCAGUACAAUGUGAGAGCAAGCUGGAGGCCAAGAAGCUGGCGCACGCCAUGAUGGAGGCAUUCAAGAAGACUUUCCACAGUAUGAAGAGUGAUGGGCGGAUCCACAGGAGCAGCUCAUCUGAAGAGGCUUCCCAGGAAUUGGAAUCUGAUGAUGGCUGAAGGAACUUUACGAUGUUCUAGCGAAGGCAGCAUUUGGGCAAGGAGUUUCAGAAGCUAAAUGUAUUUGCAAUGAUUCAAAUUUGGUACGAAAAGACUGCCAACCUAUUGGCUGAUCACGCUUGUUAAAUUCAGAAGAGUGAUUCUAAAUCUAAAGAUACGUAUCAUUAAUUAUGUGACAUUGAAAUCUGCUGCUGCCGUGACCUUUAGGAGAGUAGGAGUACAGGUGGGGAGGAAGGUUCCAGACUCUCCUCUGGCUUUUUUUUCCCUCUCCUAUUCUAACACUUCCUGCUGGGAGAUCUCCACGCCUAUUUUCACCAUUCUCAGGCAAAUACUCUGUGGCUGUAGUUUGACGGACUGUUCCGAUCUGCCUUAUGAAAUCCAACAAGAGUGUUAGCGGCAUCUCUGUGAUCCCUAGGUGGGCAGGUGGCGUGGGGAGUUGCUGCUGUGUGUGGAGGCUGCAGGAUGGAAGGGACACGUCCAUGUGGGCUGACUGGUUGCUCCUCUCCCUUGGCAUGUUUGCAGACACUCUCCUCAGUCCGUGAAUCAGCACAGCUUGGAUUGAGCUUUACAACUAACAGCACGCUAGAUGGCAGUUAAUUCGCAGUUAAAGAUAAUGCUUUUAUUUACAUGAGUAUAGCAAGUAGUACCCUCCUAUUGUAUUCACUUCCUCUAUUUUCUUAGAAUUCUUGCAACUAAUGACUGUUCCCCUCCUUAUCCCGUCACCAUGCCACCAUGUUCUUUCUCCUUCCAGCCUCCCAGCAUGGGAUGAAGGCUCAACAUAUUGCAGGACUCCAAAAGGGAAGAAAAUAAAAAAUUAAGUAAAUAAACGGUCAGCAAACCAACAAGGAAUCUAAGACAUCAGAAACCCUAGGAAGGAAGGGAAUGAAUGGCCAAAGCCUAUGGCGGCUUCCCUUUAGCAAGCCCUGAUUUAUAGUAACUUCCUUGGUUAUGAGUCUUGUUGAAUGAGUCUGCUUGGAAAGCGUAAACUCUGACGUGGCAAUGCCCUGGAAGUCUUGCCCCAUCAUUUAACAAGGAACUCAAGUAGGCAAUGAGUGAAAUCAAGUUUGCCUAGAAAUCCCAUGUCUUUCCAGGAACCUAAAGGGAAACAUGAUCUUGUUGUCCUGAAAGUGAUAUCUUAGAGUCAGAGAACUAUCAGUUCUGAUGAACAAUUCUCAUUGGCAACUCGACCUCUCUCGUUUUCAGGAUAUUUGCCACUCAUAAAAAGUCAUGGAAACAUAUACACAUUUAAGGUGAAUAGACACAUUAAGCUGGCAAAUGAUCUACUUUUCUUUCAAGUAAUAUUGCUCCUUUAAAGGGUGUGUUUUUAUUUCUGGUGAUGUCAGGGGCCACGGGGUACCUUAGAAGCCUUAAGUGAGAGCUAAUAUAAUCCAGACAGCAAUGGUGUUGGUAUUUUUGGUCUGUGUACCCGUGUGCCCGUGUGCCCAUGUGUGUGUGUGUGUGUGUGUGUGUGUGUGUGUGUGUGUGUGUGUCCCCUGUGUGGGUCCAGUUUCAAGGCAUGUACAGUAAGCAUGGAGUCAUAUUGAUGAGGACUCACCUCCUGAAGAUAUGCUUGUUGCUUUAUGAUAUAUGUAAACUAUUCUUUAGAUAAAUGCAUUCACUCUUUAAUAAAAGUAUGUUUGUGUUAAUAAAGCCAGGGUGUUUCAUACUUUAUAUGAACUUCCCUUCUUUUUUUUAAAGAAAUGGAAAUUUGACAUGUAAAAUAAAUCAAACUUGGUAAACAGUGAAAA